UAUAUAAAUCGCGUGAGAUUUCUAGGGUUUGUCAUUUACAAACCAAAAGAGCUUACAAAUCUCCGUUACCGACUCUCUUGCUAUUCAACUCUAUCUCCGGCGAUUAGCUGUCGACCUCUUCGGUGAAUCUCUGGUCAGAUGCGAAUCAGUGCUCCUUAAUUCGGGUGUGUUACUAGUUCAUUUGCUGAUACUGUUAUGAUGAUUCUGAAACUUAGGUUUGUGUAUUUAUCGGUGAAGUCGAUUAGAUUGGUGAGACUUGAAUAUACGUUUUCACGUAUGAGGGGGGCAUCAAAAUGGGUCAGCUGGAACACAUUCAAAAUAAAUUACACUCAUCAGUACAAAUGGGAAUAAUGGGACCGGGGAUCAAUGAUCCUGCAUUGCAGGAGAUGGCAAUGAUGGGGCUGGGUUCCACUGAUACACAAUCACUUCAGAUCUCAGUAUCAAGCAACCAGGCACAGCCACUGGAAAAUGUAAAUAUGGCUGAUAACUGUGUCUUGCAGAAAUUCUCAGUAUCAAACAUGCAAAUGGGACAGAUGGAUCCACAGGCAUACAGUCUAGUGUCAAAACUGUUCUUGUCACCUAGCAAGCAACUAGGGGAGAUGGAAGCCAUGUUGAGCAGUGUGGGAUCCCAGCAGCCAUCAAUGUUGAGCAAGCGAAAGGCACCUGUAGAACCCACAUUCAGUAAUCCUGGGUUGCAGAAGUUAUCAAUGCCUAACAAGCGGGUUGCACAGAUAGAGAAUAGGCCAUGGCUGCAGAAAAUGUCUGCACCAAAUAAAUUACCAGUGCAGAUGCAAUCCCAGUCCAUUUCUAACAAUUCAGGUUUGCAGCGUUCACAAGCACCAUCUAAGAGAUCAACAUCUACCAAAGCUGGUCUGCAGCAGUUACCAGUUCAGAAAAACCAAAGUGGACAACGAUCUCCAAUGCUUCAAAAUGUGUCUUCCAAUUCUGUAAGGUCCAAGCUAAGGGAGUCAUUAGCAGCAGCUCUAGCAUUGGUUUCUCGGCGGCAGGAUAAAGCUUCAAGCAGCAGUAAGAACUCUAAUAAUGAGGAUGCUAGUACUGCAGGACCAAUACUGGAAAAUUCUCAACCUUCUGAAAAUGCUUCUGGGACUGCUGAUGUGUCUGAGGAGCACAAAGGAUCUUUGCCCACCAAGAUGGAUCCUUUAGCUCAGAAGUCUAAUGAUGGUGAACAUACAUCUCAAGAAAUUUCUUCUAGUACUGGUGAUUCUACAGAGACCUCAAAAAAUGAUGGCCAGACCUUUCAGUCAACUAUUGGUCUGCAUGAUGAGGAUGCUUCGUUUAGUGACAACUUUUUGGUUAAAGAUGAACUUUUGCAGGGAAAUGGGCUAUCCUGGGUAUUGGAACCCGAUAUGAGAGUGGAAGAAAAAAAGGAUGUUGGAACUGCCCAAAAACAGCCAGAUCCAGAGGUUUUCUGCAGGAACAGUGGAGAUCAAGUGGCUCUGUCCCCCCAAGUUUUGGCAUCUAAAAUUGAAGCCGAACUCUACAAAUUAUUUGGUGGAGUAAACAAGAAAUAUAAGGAGAAGGGCAGGUCUCUGUUAUUCAAUUUGAAGGAUCAUAAUAAUCCUGAAUUGAGAGAAAGAGUUAUGUCAGGAGAAAUCCCCCCUGAGAAACUCUGCUCUAUGACUGCAGAGGAGCUUGCAUCUAAGGAGCUUUCUCAAUGGCGGAUGGCAAAAGCUGAGGAGCUUGCUCAAAUGGUGGUAUUGCGUAAUUCUGAUAUUGAUAUGAGAAGAUUGGUGAAGAAAACACACAAGGGUGAGUUCCAAGUAGAAGUUGAACCUGAGGAUAGUGUCUCUGUGGAGGUUGCUGUUGGGGCAAGUUCACUCACUCGUAUGCAACCCAAACCAAAGCAGGACAUCUCUUUACCCUCCAAACCUGAUCAAAUGCAAGCUAAAGGAAAUGCUGUUAGUGAAAAGAGUUGUUCAGAGGACCAGAAUGUUCUCAUGAUCGCUUCUAGCGAAGGUACUGAUUUGAUGCAAAGGCUCAUGGUGGAUGAUGAACUGAAAGAUGCAGAAUUUCUUCCUCCAAUUGUCUCCCUUGACGAGUUCAUGGAAUCCCUUAAUUCAGAGCCACCAUUUGAAAAUUUACCAGUGGAUACUGGAAAAACUACACCUGCCUCUGAAAAGGAUGAUUCACAAGUUGUCUCGAAAUCCAAGUCUCCCGAUGCAACUCUAAGAGAUCUUGAUGAUAUUACCUCUGGUAAACCUGAUCUUACGGAUGUGAAGAAUACAAAAUUGGAUGCUGAUGGACAAUCCACCGGCUGUCUUGUAAAAUCAGAGGCAGCACCUUCCCUUGCCAUGCCUAAGGGUGAGCAUGUUUGGGAAGGCUUACUUCAGCUGAAUAUUUCGUUAACUGCAUCAGUUAUUGGCAUCUUUAAAAGUGGUGAAAAAACAUCUGCAAAAGAUUGGUCUGGCUUUAUUGAGAUAAAGGGGAGGGUCAGACUGAAUGCAUUUGAGAAGUUCCUUCAAGAGCUUCCAAUGUCCCGAAGUCGUGCUGUUAUGGUUCUACACUUUGUUUGCAAGGAGGGGUCAGCAGAUAGUGAGCGUGCAGGUUUUAGUGAGGUGUCUGAUUCGUACGUCAUGGAUGGGAGGGUGGGUUUUGCGGAGCCUGCUUCUGGAGUGGAACUCUAUUUCUGCCCACCUCUGUCAAAGACUAGCGAAUUGCUUGCAAAGGUCCUUCCAAAGGACCAAAUUGAUGCCCUUAAUGCUAUUGAUAAUGGUCUAAUUGGUGUUAUUGUAUGGAGAAAACCUCAAAUAACGUCAACAAUGUCACCCAACUCCGCAUCACCCCAUAAACACAAUUCAAAAAAGCAACACUCCUUUUCUAGGAGACGCCAAGAAAAGGAUGCUAAUGUAAAUGUGAAUCUCACGCCUAAACAGACCUUACCCAGUAAUGGACCUACUACCUACACUAGAGUUGAACCUGAUGACGAUGACGAUGAUGAUGUGCCUCCUGGGUUUGGCCCGCCGGCUGCUCGGGAUGAGGAUGACCUGCCUGAGUUUAACUUUUCAAGUGGUUCUGUUACAUCAGGGCCACAGUCAACUACCUAUAGUGUUACUCGGGGGCAAGGGAUGCCCCCCUUUCAACCACACUUACAAACACCAUCUCGCCCUGUAGAUCAAAUGAGGGAGCUUGUACAAAGAUAUGGACUUCCUAAAUCUAGUGCCCCUUCAGGGAAUUGGCAGGAUAAUAGAACAAUAGGGGUUGCAGUGCGGCCAUGGAAUGAUGACGAUGAUGACAUGCCUGAAUGGCAUCCAGAAGAAAAUAAACCACAGCUUCAGCCAGUACAUAUGCAUGACGUACAGCCGCCAAUUUUACGUGCCCAUAUGAUGCAGCAGAUCACAACCCCUCAAAUGGCUUCACAACCCGUGUCCUUGCGACCACCCCAAAUGAAUGUGAUUCAUGGCCCGCAGCAUACUGCCCCUUCAUGGCAGCAGGGCCCUCGGACGGUUCCCACCCCUGGCUCCCAUAACUUUGGUGCCUAUCAGUCCAACUACAGGGCAUCACCCGGACUUGAAGCAGGGCUGCAAGGCAUGGCUCGGCGUGGAGAUGCUCCCAAAAGUUGGGGGUUUUGAAAUCCUUUUCUUGUGCUGGAAAAGUUAGGUCUUUGUUUUUUUUGUAAUUUUUUUAUCGGCGUAUUUAAGUUAGUUCUGUUGUCUUGGUUUUUAGUUUGCAAAAUUGUGUAUGAAAAGGGCUGUCGAAGUGAAUGGGAAGUAAAUACAAAGGGUAAAGACUCUUUCAUAAAGAAUUGUCUUGGAGUUAUUGUUCAACAUUGCUAAUGGUGCAGUAUUUGGCAGUCUUCACAGCCGAGAAAUAAGGAAUAUCAACAUGAUACAUUAAACAUUAA